AUGCCUUGCGGAUCGUCAUCUCUCGGGAUUCAUGUGAUGCUACCUAAAGAUGAAAAUCCAUUAACGUUCGAUUGGCGCACACUUACUAACGACAGUGUGAAAAAUGAAAUAAUCAUCGGCAAAGACGUUGUAAAGAACACCAUAUUCCGUAUUCAAGCAAAAAUUCAAGGUUUUAACAAUAUUAGUUGUUCUACACCUUCUUUCAGCGGUCAAAUUUGCUAUCCUGCAUAUAUUGAAAAUUCUCCACCUCCUCCACCGAAGCCUCCUAGAUGUGAUGAAGCUUGUGGUUUAAUUAUUGCAGGUGCUUUAGGAUGUGUUUCAACUAUCAUAGCUGCAAUAUUAGGAUUUUAUAAAGGAUCCCACGAUAAACUUUAA